CCGGAAGUGGGGCAAACUAUCCCGUUAGCAGCCGGAAGUUGGGCCGCUGGAAGUGUCCCCUGCCUGCUACUCACGUGGAUAGAGUGACCCGGUAUCAUUGGGAUUAACAACCACAGGACAGAUGUUCCAGCGGCCAGUCCUUCGGGUGCUUCGCCAGUUUGCAAGAUGUCAGUCCUCCGAUGCCCCAUCCCACAUACUGGAGAGAUCUCUGAAUAAGGUGCAGCUAUUGGGCAGAGUCGGACAGGACCCGGUCAUGAGACAAGCGGACGGGAAGAAUCCAGUGACCAUCUUCUCUCUGGCGACCAAUGAGCUGUGGAGGUCGGGGGAAAGCGAGGUGUUCCAGACAGCUGGAGACGUUAACCAGAAAACCACGUGGCACAGGGUGUCGGUGUUCCGGCCUGGGCUUCGGGAUGUGGCCUAUCAGCACGUGAAGAAGGGGGCGCGACUAUUCGUAGAAGGAAAGAUUGACUAUGGGGAAUAUACAGACAAGAACAACGUGAGGAGACAGGCGACCACCAUCAUAGCAGAUAACAUCAUAUUCCUCAGUGAUCUCCGGGACAAGCUGUGACUCCCCGCACCUUGGGUUUGUGUACAGCCCCUCACCCCCUGUUCAACUCCCCCAUUUCUGGGUUUAAUUGCCCCUCCUUUGUCUUUAGGGAAAUAAAAUAUUGUUUUUUUUUCUUCUUA